AUGCAGCGGCUGCUGCUGCUGCAGCAGGACACCCAAGCCAGAGUCCUCUGCAGAGCCCGAAUUGUAGAAGACACAGCAGCAGCAGUCAGGUGCUGCGGGGGCCCCAAGGUGUCUGUAUCUCCAACCCCGCUCACGGCAGCCCUCGCGGCGUCCUUAGAAGAUGCGCCGACGCUGCUGCUUAUUGCGGUGUGCAAUUCGCGACGUGCAGCAGCAGCGGAGCAGCAGCAGCAGCAGCAGCAGCAGCAGCAGCAGCAAGGCUGGGGUUGUGUCGACGCAGCAGACGCCUGGGGGGGCCUUCUGCCGGCGCCGCUGCAGCGCCAGCUGCUAGACCCUCCGUUAACUAUGGAGGUUCUGCUGCAGCGCAUGCAGCGCUGGUGGAGCGAGGACAGCGCAGAAGCAGCAGAAACAGCAGCUGCAGCAGCUGCAGCAAGUGCAGCAGCAGAGGAACCUUCCAUGGGGCUGCAUGCAUGUUUGCUGCUGCGGACUUUGUUCUAUGAGCUUGUCUGCCAGUAUGGCCCGCGUGGCUGCUCCAGCAGCAGCAGCAGCUGCAGCAGAGCACGCAGCGUCUGCUGGUGCCCCUGCUGCUGCUGCUGCUGCUGCUGA